AUGCCUGUUACCCAGUGUAUCGAGCGAGAGGCCAGUGGGUCUAAAUCCCAAUUUGCGCCAGGCCACAAGAUUCCUAUCCAACACUUGACAAAGCCGGGCCUGCAGUCCGACAUGGGAGAGCCUAAGCCUGUGUCAACUCACAUCCCUACCGAGGAUUACGGCUAUCAGAUCUACAAAGCCGCUGGAAAGCUCGAAGGAAAAAGAGCAAUUAUCACCGGUGGUGACUCUGGAAUUGGCCGGGCAGUUGCAAUCCUAUUUGCAAUGGAGGGUGCGUCUAGUGUCAUCGUUUACCUGCCAGAAGAGGAGUCAGACGCACAAGAGACAAAAAGGAGAGUUGAACAAUAUGGACAGCAGUGCCAUACACUCGCUCUCGAUAUUCGCAAGAAGGAGAAUUGCCAGAAGAUCAUCAAUGUGACCCUGGAAAAGAUGGGUCGUAUUGAUAUUCUUGUGAAUAACGCGGCGUUCCAAGACAUGCUGAGCGAUAUCAGUGAGCUAGAUGAGUGA